AGUGUAAAUGCGAGUGCUGGUGUAGUGGUAGAGUAAAAAAUAUGUACAGUAUAAAUGUCAUCAGCGAUUCUAGAUAUUCCAACUUACACCUCAAUGGGGUAAUUGUAACCCUCAAAUACAUGAGUUUUCAGUAUUAUUUUGCUAGUUUUCAAAUUGGUUUACGUAUAUUAUUACAUUGAUAAACUACAAAACUUUGGAGGUUUCUGAAAAAACCAAUGAACUGUAUACUACGAUUAUGUAAUUCAUUGGUAAAAAAUACUAUAGAUUUAUCUAUGGUAGAAUUAGAAAGUAAGGUUAGUGUUAGUGAUUGAAUCAAGUAUCUAUUUAGACCUUUUAAAUUUUAAAGGGGUAGAAACUAUGAGUGUUAUUAAACAAUCGUUAACGGUAAUUCUUGGACUAACAGCGUUGGGGGUUUCGAGUUAUGUAUUAUAUCUUCUAUUUCGUAAAGACGAUGAUGAAGACGACUAUACAGAUACUUACGCUAAAAUAUCAAAGUUCAAAACACACCAAAUUAACGUUCCUAAAAAUGUUGUACGCUCAUUAAUUGGUAGAAACGGCAAAACUAUCAAACAGAUUCAAGAACAAACCGGUACAAACAUUUAUUUCAGAGAUACCGAUAGCAGUGAUUAUAAAUUGUGUUUAAUAAAAGGAUCAGUGGAGGCUUGUAAUCUUGCUGAAAAUUUAAUACAAGAAUUCGUAACGAAUCAACCAAUUUUAGAAAAUGAAGAUAUAUGGAUCCCUCUAAGCUCUAUCGGUAGAGUAAUAGGGCGAAACGGGGAUCAAAUAUCCGAACUUAGAACGUUAUCUGGUGCAAAAAUAACAGUUUUAGAUGACGACCGAGGUAGAAAUUCGAAACGUAUUUCCAUUAAAGGUACCAGAGAGCAGAUAAAUUUGGCUAAAUCUUUAAUAGAAGAUGUAGUAGACAAAGCUAUGAAACGACAAGAAUUUUUAGAAGCAUCUUUGGCUAAAAGAGAACCGAGAGUACCACCAAAAUCGCCAGAAGGUGCUUCUAGAAUCGUCGAAAGCCCCAAAGUUGAAAAAAUGUCUCCAAUACCAGGACAACCGGAAACUCCUUUUGAAAUAUACGUUUCUGCUAUGGUAGAUCCGUCUCGGUUUUGGGUACAAAUAGUCGGUCCUAAAGCUACUGAAUUAGAUUGUCUAGUAGAAGAAAUGACGGAAUAUUAUGGAAAACCUGAAAAUAGAGCUUUACACGUAUUAGGAGAAGUCAAACAAGGAGAUCUAGUAGCUGCUACGUUUCUAUACGAUAAAAAAUGGUACCGAGCCGAAGUAUUAAAAAUAAUAGAAUGCGAAUCGAAACAAGCAGAAUUAUAUUACGUAGAUUACGGUGAUACGGAUACAGUAUUAUGCACAGAUUUAUACGAACUCAGAACCGAUUUUCUGAGACUCCAUUUCCAAGCUAUCGAAUGUUUUUUAGCCAGAGUCGAACCGAACGGUGAGAGUUGGUCGGAAGAGGCAGUGGAUCGUUUCGAAGAAUGGACUCAUGUGGCUCAAUGGAAAAAACUUUCGGCGAAAAUGAACGGGUACAGUGUAAGGGAGAAGACGAGGGCGAAACGGGAGGGUUCCCCCGUUCCCGGUGUGGAUUUAUACGGGAUAGAAGAACACGACAUUGAUAUAGCUGAGGAAUUAGUCAAAUCCGGUUUGGCUGUAUUCAAAAAAGACACUAAUUUGUUAUCGAGCAGUAGAACUACCAGCAACAGUAAUAUAAGCGUGGCUAGUAGUUCUUAGGAUUGGAGGAGAUUGAGUGUUGAGGUUAUUCGAAAAGUGUAAAAACUGAUCGUGAGUGUUAAAAAAGUGGUUAUAGAAGAAUUCGAGACUUUUGUGGAAGUUUAAACCCAGUGCUUGAAAUGCUGUGAAAUUAAUCUAAAGCUAAUUCAGUGGAUAUUUCUUAUUGCCAAAAUAUUUUUUUCAGGAAAAGUUUUUUUGAUUUACUAGAAUUCAUCUUAAUCCAGUUUCGUAGCUUAUAACUGAUGCAAUAUUUCCACCACAGUUUGUUUUUAUCUCUGCCAUAAAUAUAUUUCGAAACAUUUGAACUACUGUUAAUAAUACAGAUACUAGUAAGGAUCUUCAUGUAGUUUUUUCUCUGUUUUGUUGAUAAAAAUGUUUUCUACAAUUAUAUAUCCUUUUUUUCUGUUUCUUCUGCUUUUUUGAGUAUCUUAUUUGAUUUUAUCACAUUUCAAUUGAGUUUUUUUAAAUGUUUUUUGCUGUUGUUCACAAUUUGUUUCAUCCUGAUUGAGUUUUUCUAUCGGUACAUUUUAACUAUUGUUAAUAAAACAGAUACUAGUAAGGAUCUUAGUGUAGUUUUUUCUUUGUGUUAUUAAUAAAAAUGUUUUCUACAAUUAUUAAUCCCUUUUUUCUGUUUUUUUGGUAUAAUUUUUCAACUUAUUUGAUUUAAUCACUUUCCAAUUGAGUUUUUUAAUACUUGUUGCUGUUAUUCACGAUUUGUUUCAUUCUGAUUGAGUUUUUCUAUCAGUACAUUUGAACUACUGUUAAUAAAACAGAUACUAGUAACGAUCUUCGUUUAGUUUUUUCUCUGUGUUAUUGAUAAAAAUGUUUUCUUGGUUAUAAUUUUUGAAAUUAUUGGAUUUAGUCACUUCAAAUACUCUCCACUUUUUUUGUUUUGUUUUCUUUUAAAUUUUUGAAACCAUUCUCUUAAAUCAAAAAUCAAUUCAAAUUUGAUUUCAGUUCAUUUGAACUACUACUUUUUGUGCUUUUAUUGGUAGUUUAAACCCAAUGCUUUAUUUCGAGCUCUGAAAUUAACACAAUGUUGGUCUUUCGCUUAGAAUUUAUUUUUUCUUAAUCAAAAACUUAUUCGAAUUUGAUUUCGGUUCAUUUGAACUACUACUAUUUGAUGAUACUUUAUUGAUAGUUCAAACCCAAAUUUAAUAUAAAUACAAGGUUGGUCUAGUACCUAAAUAUGAGUACUAAGGAAAAUUUUACUUCCAUUUUGGAUUUUUUUAAAAAAAAUUAAAUUUGUUGAAGAAAA